UCCCAAAAUAACUGUUUAUUAUUUUCUAACAGGGCGAAGAUGCAGUGGAGUCUGGUUGUGUUCAUUGUGAUGGGUCAGUGGUCCUCCACUGGGGGUCAGCUGUGUGACUACCGCUUCAUUGGAGAGAAGAAGACCUGGAAAGGAGCCCAGGAGUACUGCAGAACGCACUACACUGACCUGGCCACCGUGUCCAACCAGGGAGACCUGAAGAGACUCCAGCAGCAUAACCAAUCCGGAGCCUGGAUCGGGCUGCAGAGAGACUGGCGCUGGUCUCAGUCCGGGGUGGAGUUCAGAGAUAGUAACUGGUGUAAAGGAGAGCCGGAUAAUUACAACAAUCAGCAGAACUGUGUGCGGAUGAUUGAUGAUGGCACAUGGGAUGACGACUCUUGUGAUAAACCCUAUAAUUUUAUCUGCUAUGACGAACACAACAAGACAUCAGGCAACAGAUUUUAUGUUAUUGAUUAUAGCAUGAGCUGGCGAGAGGCUCAGAACUACUGCAGAGAACAUUACACAGACCUGAUCAGUGGAGUCCAGCAGCUGGAGGACUUCCAGUCAGACCACCAGAAUAAUGGAAGAAUAUUCUGGAUCGGCCUGUUCAGGGACUGGAGCUGGUCUGAUGGGAGCAGCUUCUCUUUCAGACUCUGGGAAGAAGACCCUGACCCUGAGAUGACAUGUGCUAUGACUACGUCAGGUGGAUUCUGGUCUGAUGACUGUGAUAAAACCAAAACCUUCUUCUGCUACGACGAUUCUGUGAUCCUGAUCCAGAAGAACCUGACCUGGGUGGAGGCGUUAUACUACUGCAGAGAUUACCAUGGCGACCUGGUCUCCAUCACCAACCUGGACCAGCAGCUCUGGGUCCAGGAGAGAGCCAAGAUGGCCGCCACUCCCUACGUGUGGAUGGGACUGCGCUACACCUGCACCCUGGACUUCUGGUUCUGGGUCAGUGACGAGACGGUCCACUACACCAACUGGGACCCCAGAGAGCCAAUGGGGGGCGACUGUGACAUGUCUGGAGCCAUGGACAGAGGGGGGGGGCACCAGUGGGUCAAAAAGAUCGACAACAAAAACCAGUUCAAUUUUAUCUGUUCCAAGAACUCACCACCACAAUGUAACUAAGUACUUUUACUCCAGUACUCACGUAGUAAUGUUGGGGGGACGGAGUACUUAUACCUCAAAGGUCCAACUAUGGGGAAAGGUCCUAAUAUUUAAGAAAAAAAUUAAUAUUUUGGAAAAAAGUCAUAUUAGUGGGCAAAAAAAGUUGUAAUAUUUCGGGAAUAAAGUCGUAAUAUUUUGGGAAUAAAGUUGUAAUAUUGAUCUUUUACUUUAAUAU